AUGGCGACGGCGACUUCACCUUCGACUACAUGUUCUGUACAGCCCCGCCACCUCCCCGUCAACCAAACCACUUUCUUCCCCAGACCACCGCGAUCCCGCAAGCCGCCGACGAUGGCUGGCGAUCCAGAGAAGACCCAGGCCGAAUCGCAUCAAGCAUCGAGUCGGGGCCAUUCCUCUGACGGCCGCGACUCCAACACUACCAAACACCUCGCUGAAGGCCAAGCAAGAAAGCUCUCCUCGAACCCCCUCGCAAAACUCGACUCCAACGCCAAAGUCACGGUCAAAGACGAAGACGUCUUUGCCCACCUCCCGCCCGCCGAGGCAGAGAUCCUCAAGCGGCAGAUCGAUAUCCCCGUCGUCACAGCAAGUUGGAAGACUCUCUACCGGUACUCGACACGCAAUGACAUCUUGAUCAUGAUCGUCAGCGCUAUCUGCUCGGUGGCCGCAGGGGCAGCCUUGCCCUUGAUGACGGUGGUGUUUGGAAAUCUUGCGGCCGAGUUUAAUUCAUAUUUCGCGGGCACCAUGACGAGAGCCGAGUUCGAUCACUUGAUUACCCACAAUGUGCUCUACUUCGUCUACAUUGGCAUUGCGGAAUUCGUCACCAUCUACAUCUCGACCGUGGGCUUCAUCUAUACCGGGGAGCAUAUCAGCGGGAAGAUCCGAUCGCAUUACCUGGAGGCGUGCAUGAGGCAGAACAUUGCCUUCUUCGACAAGCUGGGCUCCGGAGAGAUUACGACCCGGAUCACGGCAGAUACCAACUUGGUGCAGGAUGGCAUCUCGGAAAAGGUGGGCCUGACGCUGAAUGCGCUGGCUACUUUUAUCACGGCCUUCGUGAUUGGGUUCAUCAAGUCCUGGAAACUGACUCUGAUCUUGACUUCGACCGUCUUUGCCAUUGUCGCUGUCAUGGGCGCGGGGUCCAAUUUCAUCAUCAAGUACAGCAAGCAAUCUCUGGCUUCGUAUGCCUCCGGAGGGACGAUCGCUGAAGAAGUCAUUUCUUCCGUUCGGAAUGCCAUUGCGUUCGGCACCCAGGAUAAGCUCGCGCGCCAAUACGACAACCACCUGGCGAACGCGGAGAAGUAUGGCUCCAAGGUCAAGAGAACGCUUGCGAUUAUGGUCGCGGGCAUGUUCCUGGUCAUCUACCUCAACUACGGAUUGGCCUUCUGGAUGGGAAGCAGGUUCUUGGUCAAAGGGGAGAUUGGUCUCUCGCAGAUUCUGACCAUCUUGAUGUCGAUCAUGAUCGGUGCCUUCUCUCUCGGAAAUGUGGCUCCCAAUGCCCAGGCGUUCACCACGGCCAUUUCAGCUGCCGCAAAGAUCUUCAACACGAUCGAUCGCAAGUCGCCACUGGACCCGACUACGAGCGAAGGCACGAUUCUCGACCACGUGGACGGGACGAUCGAGCUGCGCCACAUCAAGCACAUCUAUCCAUCGCGACCGGAAGUGACGGUCAUGAGCGAUGUCAGUCUCCUCAUCCCAGCGGGGAAGAAGACCGCUCUGGUCGGGGCUUCCGGAUCGGGAAAGAGCACGAUCGUGGGGCUGGUCGAGCGGUUCUACGAUCCCGUCGGCGGACAAGUCCUCCUGGAUGGACACGACGUGAGCACGUUGAAUCUCCGCUGGUUACGCCAGCAGAUCUCCCUGGUCAGCCAGGAACCCACGCUCUUCGGCACCACCAUCUUCGGGAAUAUCGCGCACGGAUUGAUCGGCACCAAGUACGAACACGAGAGCGAGGAGCGCCGCAAGGAACUCAUCUUCGAGGCCGCCAAGAUGGCUAACGCUCACGACUUCAUCACCGGACUUCCGGAGGGCUACGAGACGAACGUCGGAGAGCGAGGUUUCUUGUUGUCUGGAGGCCAGAAGCAACGUAUCGCCAUUGCCCGAGCGAUGGUGAGCGAUCCCAAGAUUCUUCUUCUCGAUGAAAGUACAUCCGCCCUUGACUCGAAGUCUGAAGGUGUUGUGCAGGCCGCCCUCGAAGUUGCGGCUGCGGGACGUACAACCAUCACCAUCGCCCAUCGUCUCUCGACGAUCAAGGACGCCGACAAUAUCGUGGUGAUGACGGAAGGCCGCAUCGUAGAGCAGGGAACCCACGAUGAGCUGUUGUUGAAACGAGGGGCUUACUUCAACCUGGUGGAAGCACAGAAGAUCGCGGCCACGCAGGAGAUGUCACCGCAAGAACAGGCCGAGCUGGACCAAUAUGACGAUGCGCUCAUGCGCGAAAAGUCCCACAAGAUCCUGGCACAUGAACAGAAGCUGGUGCAUCAAAAAUCCAACACGAGCCUGGCAUACGAGGAGGAUCCUGAUGACAAGAACAUCGGCGAUAAGCUCAAUCGUUCUGCCACCGGCAACUCUCUGUCAUCCUUGGCACUACAGGGCCGCAACACCCCCGGCGCUCAGCAGGACUCUCUCUGGACUCUGAUCAUGCUCAUCGCUUCGUUCAAUAAGACCGAAAUUGGACUCAUGCUCACCGGGCUCGCCUUCUCGAUUAUCUGCGGUGGAGGGAACCCUGUCCAAGCCGUGUUCUUUGCCAAGCAAAUCAUUUCUCUGUCCAUCCCUCUUACCAACCCAGCCACGGGCGAGACCAUCCCCGGAGCUCGUCGGACCCUCCGCGACGAUGUCGAUUUCUGGUCACUCAUGUAUCUGAUGCUUGCCAUUGUGCAGUUCAUUGCAUUCUGUGGACAAGGUGUCGCCUUCGCGUACUGUUCCGAGAGACUCAUCCAUCGUGUGCGCGACCGGGCUUUCCGUACUAUGCUGCGUCAGGACAUCGCUUUCUUUGACCAGGAGGAGAAUACUGCGGGAGCUCUGACCUCGUUUCUUAGCACAGAGACCACCCACGUGGCCGGUCUGUCCGGCGUCACCCUCGGCACGCUCCUCACCGUGAUCACCACGUUAGUGGCGGCUAUCGCGGUCAGUACGGCCAUCGGCUGGAAACUCGCCCUGGUCUGCACAUCUACGAUUCCCGUCUUGCUCGGCUGCGGUUUCUUCCGUUUCUGGAUGCUGGCUCAGUUCCAGCGCAGAGCCAAGAAGGCAUACGAGAAGAGUGCAAGUUUCGCCUGUGAGGCGUGCACUGCCAUCCGUACCCUGGCUUCUCUCACCAGAGAAGAGGACGUGCUCAAGAUCUACGUGGAAUCUAUCAAUGCGCAGUCCAAGAAGAGUCUGAACUCGAUUCUGAAAUCUUCGACGCUGUACGCGGCCUCUCAGUCGCUCAUGUUCGCCUGUGUUGCGCUCGGAUUCUGGUAUGGGGGUCAACUGAUUGCCGAUCGCGAAUACAGCCUAUUCCAGUUCUUCGUCUGCUUCUCGUCCAUCAUCUUUGGUGCGCAGUCCGCCGGUACCAUCUUCUCGUUCGCACCGGAUAUGGGCAAGGCCAAGCAAGCAGCACAAGAACUGAAGAACCUCUUCGAUCGCAAACCCACCAUCGACCCAUGGUCCGAAGAUGGCACCCGCCUCGCAUCCUGCGAAGGCAACAUUGAAUUCCGCGACGUCCACUUCCGCUACCCAACCCGCCCCGAUCAGCCCGUUCUCCGCGGCCUCAACCUCACCGUCGCUCCGGGGCAAUACGUGGCUCUUGUCGGGGCCUCUGGCUGCGGCAAAUCCACGACAAUCCAACUCCUCGAGCGCUUCUACGACCCCCUGGUCGGUGGCAUCUACGUCGACGGCAAGGAGAUCUCGUCGCUGAACAUCAACGACUACCGCUCCUACAUCGCACUCGUCUCGCAGGAGCCCACGGUCUACCAGGGCACGAUUCGGGAGAACAUACUUCUGGGUGCUGAUAAAGCCGAAGGCGAUGUCCCCGAUGCGGCGAUCGAGUUCGCAUGUCGCGAGGCCAACAUCUACGAUUUCAUCAUGUCGCUGCCCGAUGGCUUUUCGACCGUUGUUGGCUCUAAAGGCUCCAUGCUUUCCGGGGGGCAGAAGCAGCGCAUUGCGAUCGCCCGCGCACUACUGAGAAAUCCUUCUAUUCUGUUAUUGGACGAGGCCACAUCCGCGUUGGAUUCCGAGAGCGAGCACGUGGUACAGGCGGCGCUGGACAAGGCGGCGAAGGGACGCACGACGAUUGCGGUUGCGCAUCGCUUGUCCACGAUCCAGAAGGCGGACGUGAUUUACGUUUUUGAUCAGGGGGUUGUUGUUGAGUCCGGCACGCAUAAUGAACUCAUGAGUAAGGGCGCGAGAUAUUCCGAGCUGGUCAACCUUCAGAGUCUAGGCAAGAACCGAUAG